CGAGUCUCCGGGGAGACCAGCCGGGCUCGCGACCUGCGUGCGUACUUACGCUCGUCGGGCGCUCGCUCUCGCUCCUCCCCCGCUGCAGCAGAGGCAGGGCGCCACCCGGGGACGACAGCUCGAGCCCGCCGCGCAACAAUGGAUCUUAAGGGGUUCUGGGAGUCGAGAUUCGGGGGCAAGAAGGAGCCGGAGCACAACGGGCACGCCAAUGGGGAGGCCGACGGGAGCGUCAGGAAGAGGACCUCCGAUUUGGCGGUCUACGAGCAGUUCGAGCAGCAGGCCAGGCAGACGGAGGCGCGCGCCGCGGCGAUUCGUGAUGGGAAUGCUGAUGCGAUCCAGAAGCCCCUCCUACCUUCAUUUGAGUCAGCUGAAAUGCGUAAUCUGGCAGAGACAUUGUUGCGGGAUAUUAUUCGCGGGAGUCCAGAUGUGAAAUGGGAAAGCAUCAAAGGACUGGAGAAUGCGAAACGCCUUCUAAAAGAGGCAGUUGUUAUGCCCAUAAAGUAUCCCAAAUACUUCACUGGUCUUCUAUCACCAUGGAAAGGCAUUUUACUUUUUGGUCCCCCAGGGACAGGGAAGACAAUGCUGGCAAAGGCUGUAGCUACUGAGUGCAAAACUACAUUCUUCAACAUUUCAGCAUCAUCAAUUGUUAGCAAAUGGCGUGGAGAUUCAGAGAAGCUAGUCAAAGUUUUGUUUGAGCUUGCUAGACACCAUGCACCAUCCACAAUAUUUCUUGAUGAGAUUGAUGCUAUUAUCAGCCAACGUGGUGAAGCUCGCAGUGAGCAUGAAGCUAGUCGCCGCUUGAAGACUGAGCUGCUUAUUCAGAUGGAUGGCUUGACAAAGACGAACGACUUGGUAUUUGUACUUGCAGCAACAAAUUUACCAUGGGAACUGGAUGCAGCAAUGCUCCGCCGGCUUGAGAAACGGAUUCUUGUGCCACUUCCUGAGGCUGAAGCAAGGCAUGCUAUGUUUGAGGAACUUCUGCCAUCAACUACCUCAAAACUAGAGGUUCCAUAUGAUACUUUAGUUGAAAAAACUGAAGGGUACUCUGGUUCAGAUAUCCGUCUUGUGUGCAAAGAAGCUGCCAUGCAACCACUAAGACGUCUUAUGUCAGUUCUUGAAGCCAGAGAUGAGCUGGUGCCCGAGGAAGAAUUGCCUGAGGUUGGUCCUCUUAGAGCGCAAGACAUCGAAGUUGCUUUGAGGAACACAAGGCCGUCAGCGCAUCUGCAUGCACAUCGCUAUGAGAAGUUUAACCAGGAUUAUGGAAGCCAGAUCCUUUCUCAGGAGCAAGCAUGACCAACUUAUCAAGUUCAGGCAUACCAGGUUCAGGACGCAACAUUUUUUCUGCAGCAGUUUUAAGUUGUGAGGCAAAACAUUGUAAAACGGAUGUUGCUGCUGCAGCAGUUAUGAAAUAAAAACUCCGUAUCAUAAAAAUCUGCCUCCCAUUGUCGAAGCAGAUGGCCGGAUCCUACGCUGUCACUUUU